UUUUGCAUCAGACCUUUUGAAACCCUAUUAGCCAAGUAUGGAGUGAAGCAUAAGGUAGCUACACCUUAUCACCCUCAGACUUCCGGGCAAGUUGAGCUAGCAAACAGGGAAAUCAAGAAUAUAUUGAUGAAGGUGGUGAUCACGAGCAGAAGAGAUUGGUCUAUUAAGCUUCAUGAUUCAUUAUGGGCAUAUAGAACAGCUUACAAGACUAUUCUUGGCAUGUAUCCAUAUCGCCUAGGUUAUGGCAAAGCGUGCCAUCUCCCUGUGGAAGUUCAAUAUAAGGCUUGGUGGGCAAUCAAGAAAUUAAAUAUGGACUUGAUUAGAGCUGGAGCAAAGAGGUGCUUAGACCUUAAUGAGAUGGAGGAAUUAAGAAAUGAUGCAUACAUCAAUUCCAAAGUUGCAAAACAGAGGAUGAAGAGGUGGCAUGAUCAAUCAAUCUCUAACAAAGAAUUCCGGAAAAGACAAAGAGUCUUACUCUAUGAUUCAAGGCUUCAUAUCUUUCCUAGGAAGCUCAAGUCAAGGUGGAUAGGUCCUUUCAUUAUUCACCAAGUGCAUCCCAGUGGAGUGGUGGAAUUACUGAAUUCCAACAAUAUUGACACUUUCAAGGUCAAUGGUCAUCGUCUCAAGAAGGUCUCAGGGAGCCAAAAGGAGCUCAGAACCAAGAAAUUUUAG